AUGACAUGUGAAUGCACCUGCUGUCAUGAGAGAAGAGAUACCCUUAUCGCCAAGGCCUUCGGUUCCAUCUUUGCACAAGAUGACCAAAACCAGAACGUGGAGUUUGUCGACAAAGUGAAUAUCGGACGCCUCAUGGCAAUACUCCCCGAGUGGAGGGUAUUUGCUGAAAUCCUCUUCGUGGAGACAUCCCCCAGCAAGCGUGGCUUUGAUGAGCGUGCUGCUCAAACACCUCGCGAGGAACGUACCGAGCUCAUGCAUAUAGAACUCCGAGUGCAGAUGGCACCGGAAGCCCUGAAGGACUACGACGAAGCAUUCGGAGUUUGCUGUGAUCAACAAGUAUUCUCAAUAUUCAGAUCCACAAUGACACUAUACCGGGCUUUUGAAGAGCAAGGCAUCGAAGGUUGA